GGCCGGAAGUCCCUGUCCCGUGACCGCGCCGCGUCGGAGGCGGUGGCUCGGAGGCGGCGGCGAGCCGGGACUGGCGCGGGGCGCGAUGGCGGACUGGGCCCGGGGUCAGAGUCCUGGUGCUGUGGAAGAGAUUCUAGACCGGGAGAACAAGCGGAUGGCUGACAGCCUGGCCUCCAAGGUCACCAGGCUUAAAUCGCUGGCCCUAGACAUUGAUAGGGAUGCAGAGGACCAGAACCGGUACCUGGAUGGGAUGGACUCGGAUUUCACGAGCAUGACCAGCCUGCUUACAGGGAGUGUGAAGCGCUUUUCUACGAUGGCAAGAUCUGGGCGAGACAACCGGAAGCUUCUUUGUGGUGUGGCCGUGGGCCUAAUCGUGGUCUUCUUCAUUCUCUCCUACUUCUUGUCAAGGACAAGGACGUGAGCCAGUGGGAGCUGGCUUCUGUGGUUGCCAAGGGUAGCCCAGGCCUUCCCCACUCAGUGUUCUGGGCUCCUGAGGACUUAGGUACAAGAUAUUCCUUUGAAAUUGCAAUCGUGGGUUAGGAAUCUUCCUAUGUGGUAGGAGGCUGCGGCUGCCUCUGACCUGAUGAGCUCAUAUUGACUGGUCCCAUGUAUAGAAAGGACCCUUUACUUUGGGGGAAACCAAAGCCCAGCCUCCACCCCUAUCCCUAGGUGCUAGAGACGCCAGCAGAGCUGGGGCCACAGUGUGUCAGGAAGAGCCAGGAUUGAACAGCUGUUGAAUCCUGGAUGUGGUCACCUGAGCCCAGCAGCACUUCUCCCACCUCUCUGAGCUCUGGCAUUUUAAGGCCCGUGUGGCGUGUCCUUACCUGAGUGAGGCCAUGUCUGUGAUCUGAGGUGUCUGGAGCUGACACAGGAAGGGUCCGUGGCUAUGAACCUCAAGUGAGUGCCAUCUACUCUGACUGAGCGUCCUGGGCCUGGAGAUGGCAGUUCCUCCUGGCCGAGGGUGCUGAGCACAGGCCAGACUUGCUGCUGCGAGUCCUCUGUGCAUGCCUUCCAGUCCUGUGGAUGAAGCCAGAGCCCUGGGAGGGACAUGGCUUGUGGA